UGCUCCGGUUCCUGCUCUGCCGUAAUUUCCUAGCCUAUUCAGACAACAUCACCAACAGCUUGGUGUGUGUGUGUAUGGGAGCGAACCAGAGGGAGAGAGCGAGCGCACGAGAGGGAGCAAGCAAGCAAGCAAGCAAGGGGAAGGCUCUAUAUUCUUUCACCCACCCCCCCAUCAAACUACAGAGAGGAGGGGCCAGACCCCAGCUGCCAAUCAAAUUCACUCGUGGCAGCCGGCAUUAUCUCAGCAACAAACUAUUGACAGAUUACAUGUCAAGGAGUUUAGUGCAUGAUUGAAGGAAGCCUUUUUAUCUAGUUACUUUUCCGCUCUGCUUCCCCCUUCACCAACCAACCAUUCUAAUGAUUUUCUAACAGAGUUUAGUAAUAUUAUGAAAGUUACAUGUCUGAGAGGAUUUAACUUCGACUUCCCUGAAUAUGCUGAAAGGACUUUAUGCACUGAAAAGAGCUCAGGAAAAUCCAACAUGGCCGGUAAAAGGAAAGGUGGCCUAAAACUCAACGCAAUCUGUGCCAAGCUGAGCCGUCAGGUGGUGUACGACGGCAGCUCCCAGCAUGCUGAGGGAGACCACAGCGUGGCGGAGAACAGCGAGCGCGGGAGCUCCCAUUAUGACGACAGCGGCGAGCGAUUCGAGACCAACUUCCCCGAGGGCCUGAGUCUCGGCCAGAGCCUCGAUGAGGACCAGAAACGGCGCAAGGCCAUUGAGAAGUGGGUCAACGGGGAGUAUGGGGAUGAACCACCACCCUCUGCCCUGGACUGUGGGGAGGAACAGCAGCAACAGCAGGGACUCAAGCCCAACAAUGGCGAGGACGGACCCCCCGAGGGUGUGUACAUGGUACAGCCCAAGGGCUGUAGUGACGAGGAGGACAACGCGCCUGAUGAGCCCGAACCCAUGUUCGACUCUCGUCCCGACGACAAGGACUCGGAAGACGGGCCUCAAAAGGACGCCUACAUGCCGUUGAUAAGUGAGCCCCCGAGUCGCCAAACAUCUUUCUCCUCUCCAGGAGAGGCGUCCACUCUGCGAGACUACGCAGCCAACACAAUGAACGAGUUCCUGGGCAUGUUUGGCUACGACGACCAGCAGGUGAGGGACGAGCUGGCCAAGAAGAUCAGCUUCGAGAAGCUCAAAGCCGCUACCUCAGGCUCUGACCCAUCCUCCCUGAGCAGCGAGGAGGCCACGCGGCGAGCCCGCUUUUCCAAGUAUGAGGAGUACAUCCGCAAGCUGAAGGCUGGUGAGACCCUGCCCUGGCCCAUCCACACCAACCCCAAACAAGAGGACCUCAACUCCAAGCUGGCCCAGGAGAAGAAUGCCCUGCUCCAGGCCCAGAUGGCCGCCUCUGGGGGGUGCCAUUCCGGGGCCGAGGGCCAGAUUUAUCACUCCAGCCUGGACCACAAGCAGGGGCAAGGGCAGGGGCACAACCUUGGGCACAAUCCCCCACCAACCAACCCCACCUCCCACCUCCAGAACAUGGCCUCCCGAGCCUCCAAGUAUGACUUCUUCAUCCAGAAGCUGAAGAUGGGUGAAAGCCUGCGGAGCCAGCAGAAUGGCAAUGCUUACAAGAAGCCAUCCAAGUACGACCUGGAGAAUGUUCGGUACCUGCACCUCUUCAAGCCCGGCGACGGGAACACUGACAUGGGGGGCGCCAUCGCCUAUAAAACGGGGAAGGUGGGCCGCCCGUCCAAGUAUGAUAUCAAGAACAUCCAGAAGCUGAUGCCGGGGAGGCCCGAGUCCUCGCUGAUGCCCAGCGUUCUGCCUGCCACACCUGGGAACCCGGGGACACCAGUGGCUGCCACCUCGGCCUCCUCCGCUGGGGCCACGGGCCCCCCAGGACUCAUCAUGGAUCAGACAGGCCACUUGGGCUUCAACACCUCCGACUACAUGAAGUCCAGCUUCUCCAAGACCGACUCCAUCACCACGGGCACUGUGUCCUCUGUCAAGAACGGCUUACCACCUGAGAAACCUGUCACAGAGGACGUCAACCUGUACCAGAAAUAUAUCGCCAGAAGCCGUCAAACCUUCCCGAAGCCCCUACCACCACCACCACCACCACCAUACCCUGAGCCCCCCACCACACCACCAACUUUUAAAAGGUUCUCGGGGAGCCAGCACUGCGGACAUGUGCAUUGUGCCUACCAAUACAGGGAGCAUUACCACUGCAUGGACACGGAGUGCAACUACCAGAGGUUCACCAGCAAACAAGACGUGAUCAGGCACUACAAUAUGCACAAGAAGAGGGACAACUCCCUACAGCAUGGCUUCAUGCGCUUCAGCCCACUGGACGACUGUAGCGUCUACUACCAUGGCUGCCACCUCAACGGGAAGAGCACCCACUACCACUGCAUGCAGGUGGGUUGCAACAAGGUAUACACCAGCACCUCCGAUGUCAUGACUCACGAGAACUUCCAUAAGAAGAACGCCCAGCUGAUCAACGAUGGCUUUCAGAGGUUCCGCGCCACUGAGGAUUGUGGGACGGUGGAGUGCCAAUUCUACGGGCAGAAGACCACCCACUUCCACUGCAGGCGCCCGGGGUGCACCUUCACCUUCAAGAACAAGUGCGACAUUGAGAAGCACAAGAGCUACCACAUCAAGGAUGACGCAUAUGCCAAGGAUGGCUUCAAGAAGUUCUAUAAGUAUGAGGAGUGCAAAUACGAGGGCUGUGUCUACAGCAAGGCCACCAACCACUUCCAUUGCAUCCGCUCAAGCUGCGGCUUCACCUUCACCUCCACCAGCCAGAUGACCUCCCACAAGCGCAAGCACGAGCGCCGCCACAUCCGCUCCUCAGGCGUGAUGGCCCUCUCCUCUGGCGGCUCCUUCCUGAUGCCCAAGGAGGAGCCCGGAGACGAGUCGAGCAACGACGACCUCAUGGACUUCUCGGCCAUCAGCAGCAAGAACUCCAGUCUGAGCGCCUCGCCCACCACCCAGCAGUCGUCCAACGGUCCCGGCGCCCACUUGCUUGCCACACCCACCACGGUGAUGUCGUCCUCCGGCGGUGGCCACAGCGGCCUCAAGCCCACCUCCUCGCUGCCGCACUCGGCACGCAUGUCAAGCCUGCUAUCCCAGGCGCUGCCCAGCAACAUGCCUGUGGCACUGGCGCUGUCCAACAGUGCCCUCGCCAGCGUCAACAAUCCCUUCUUCCCGCUCAUGCCCCGGCUGCCCAUGCAGCUGCCCCAUUCGGCCGCCAGCCUGAUCUCGGCCGUGUCGUCUGGCGCCCACUCCAUGCCCACCGACUCACUGUCCCAGGGCGGCUGCUCCUCGGCGGGCAGCGAUGGCGCCAUGGCAUCCACGCCGACCUCCUACGCCUCAGCCUCUUCCAUCAUGGAGAAGAUCUCUGCUAGCAAGGGCCUCAUAUCCCCGAUGAUGGCCAGGCUGGCAGCAGCUGCCCUCAAGCCCUCUGGCAACCACCAAGACACAGGGAAUGGGCUGGCUGGUUCUUCAGCGAGUCUGUUCAAUCUGGUUCAAGUGAAGCAGGAGCCAGUCGACCAUACCUCCGGGGCCUCCCAGGACUCCAUCCAAGAGCACAGCCUGGACCUGAGCAAAAAAGACCACAGUAAUGAAUCAAACGGACACCCUGUACCGGGAAAUACAUCUCUUUUAUCCUCGCUUAUGAAUAAGAUGAAUGCCGGCUUCUUCAGUGCCCUGAACCUGAAGACGGAGAUGGAGAUCGGCCAAGGGGCCGACACCUCAGAGGCAGCACAGUACCUGAGCCGCAUCAUGAAGAGGCCCAUGCCAGACAAACCAAGCGAGCUCUGGAGGACAUAUCUGCGCAGGUUUGACACGGAGGACUUCUGCGAGGCUCAGUGUGACUUCCUGCAGAAGGUCCACUUCCAUUGUCUAGUGGAAGACUGCGGGGCGCUCUUCAGCACGAUGGACGGAGCCAUUAAACACGCCAACUUCCACCUACGAGCCACGCUGAAGGUGAAAUCAGAGCCUCACUUCAACAAAGUCAAGGACUGCGGCGACGGAGCAUCCCACCAGUCCACCGCCCCUGUCUCCAUGGCUAACAACCCCGCCAUGGACGUGGCCAACAUGUCAUCAUCGUCAGGCGGCGGCUAUGGCUCCUCCCCCUCACUGCUGGCAUGGAAGCAGCUGACGGGCAGCAUCCCACAGCUCAAUGCCUCCAUGCCUAACCUGCCUGCCAAUUCGCCGCUGGCCACCACCUCUCUGGAGAACGCCAAGCCACAGGUCAAACCGGGCUUCCUGCAGUUCCAGGACAAUGACCCUUGCCUGGCCACUGACUGUAAGUACUCCAACAAGGUCCACUUCCACUGUCUCUUCGGGAACUGCAAGUACGUCUGCAAGACCUCGGGGAAGGCCGAAUCCCACUGCUUGGACCACAUCAACCCUAACAACCACCUGGUCAACGUUCGAGACCAGUUCUCCUACUUCUCCCUCCAGUGUCUAUGUCCCAACCAGCACUGUGAGUUCAGAAUGAGGGGCCAUUACCACUGUCUGCGAUCCGGCUGCUACUUUGUCACCAACAUCACCACCAAGCUUCCCUGGCAUGUCAAGAAGCAUGAGAAGGCAGAGAGACGCGCCGCCAAUGGCUUCAAAUACUUCACCAAGAGAGAGGAGUGUGGCAGGCUAGGCUGCAAGUACAACCAGGUGAACAGUCACUUCCACUGCAUCCGCGAGAGCUGCCAGUUCUCCUUCCUGCUCAAGCACCAGAUGACCUCGCACUCCCGCAAACACAUGAGGAGAAUGCUGGGAAAGAACUUUGACAGGGUUCCAUCCCAGGUGGUAUCCCAUGGCCAUAGGGCCGAUGACAUGCAGCACUUGUCGGGCAUGGGCUCGGGCCUCAUGGGCAGCCACCCGGGGAUGACCCAUGGGUUCUCCAGCAUGAUGGACGAGACGGAUGACUACAUGGACUACAUGGGCGGGGGCAGCCCCCUGUGCCUUUCCUCUGAGUCCUCCAAUCAGGACCGCAGUUGCAGCAGCACCCCCGUGGGCAAUGAAAGCUCCCCAGCAGGACCAGGCUGCCCGGUCACUACUGCUCCCUCUACCCCCGCUGACACUAGCGCUCCCCAAAACGCACCUCCACCACCACCUCCUCCUCAGCCUGGACUUCAGUCUCAGGCUCCAUCUUUCCCUCCUGCCCUCCUCCGACCUCCUCUUCCCUCGCUCCCAUAUCUCGUCUCUCCAUCCUGUCUGUCAUACUCUCUGCUCAGCGCCUCUCUCGGAGCCACUCGGAGUGUUGUCAUGCCAACCAACACGCCAGCUUUCAGCCCCAUCAUUGCCACUCCGUCUCCGGUUAAAAAUGACGUCCCUAUAGUGCAGGAUGCUGCAGGCAACACCAUCUCCAUCCCUACGGCCACCGGCGCCAAGAAACGCUUCUGGAUCAUCGAGGACAUGUCCCCCUUCGGCAAGCGGCGUAAGACGGCUUCUGCUCGCAAAAUGCUGGACGAGGGCAUGAUGCUGGAGGGCUUCCGCCGUUAUGAUCUGUACGAGGACUGCAAGGACUCCGGCUGCCAGUUCUCUCUGAAGGUGACCCACUACCACUGCACCCGCGAGAACUGCGGCUAUAAGUUCUGCGGCCGCACGCACAUGUACAAGCAUGCGCAGCACCACGACCGCGUGGACAACCUGGUCCUGGACGACUUCAAGCGUUUCAAGUCAUCGCUCAGCUGCAACUUCUCCGACUGCCAGUUCUCCGGCAACAGCACCCACUUCCACUGCCUGCGCUGCAGCUUCCGUUGCACGGACAGCACCAAGGUGACUGCCCACCGCAAACACCAUGGCAAGCAAGAUGUGAUCAGCGCCGCUGGCUUCUGCCAGUUCAGCUCCAGCGCUGACUGCGAGGUUGCCGACUGCAAAUACAAGCUCAAGUGCUCACACUUUCACUGCACCUACCCCGAGUGCAAGCACACUGUAGUCGGUAUGUCCCAGAUGGACUCCCACAAGCGCAAGCAUGAGAAGCAGGAGCGCGGCGAGCUGCCGUCGGUGUCUCCCCGUCAGGAGGGGGCGCACCACAUGACGGGAGGAGUGUCCGCGGUGCCCCACGCCUCCAUGGGCCUUCUUCCAGCCUCGCCCGGUGGCCUCCCAGGACUCUCCCACCACCACCAUCAUCAUCAUAACAACAACAACCAUGCCCCCUCCAUGCUCUACCCCCCAGCCAGCGUGGCAUCUGACUACAACCACCCCUAUCCAACCUCCUUGGUCAGUCUGGACAGCUCCCUCAACCUGGGCACCGACACCAGCAGCUCCCUGUUCUUCCUGAAGAACGCCGCUGGCCUGGGCCUCAAUGACUCGUUGGACCUGAGCAAAAAGAUGCAGCAUCACCAUGACCCGAGCCUGACCAUGGCUGCCGGGCCCAACCCCAUGCCACCGCUGGGCUUGCCCGCUCCUCAGGAUGACACCACGGGAACAUCGGGCGACCCCGAAGAUGACCAGUCACCCGAGGAAGAGGCCAAUGCAGAGGAAGAUGAGGAGGAUGAGGAUGAGGCGGAGGAGGAUCUGAACACUGACUCGUACGAAGAUUCGAUGCCACAGCCCGACGGCGACAACAAGGACAAUGACGAGAGUUUUGACGCUUCCUUAAACCACACUGACACUUCCCAACUGGAAAAGCAAGAGGCCAACCCAUGAAAGAUACCCUGACACUGAAGAAGAAGUAUCCUGUAUACUAUGAACAAACAAAUUAAAGUGGCCUCAUUUAUCAAGGUUAGAGACACUGCAGAUGACAACAAGAAGACAACAACAACAACAACAACAACAAGAAAUUAUGGCCCAAAAUGAUUUAUGAUGAUGUUUACAAGAUGACCAACAAUAGAAAUUAAAUUAUGCAUAAAAAAAUGAACAGAGAAACAAACAAAUUAGGCCCUGUUUUACACGUGGGGCAGCAAUGUAAACAUUUUACUACACAGCAGUCUUUUUGUGUGCGUGCAUGUUUGACUUUUAAUUUAUUUUACUUUUAUUUUUAACCUUUUUUGUGCGUGGAAAAAAACUAUAAGAAAAAAAAAUCUCUAUAUAACUAUAUACGUAAGUGUGUGUGAACUUUUCUAUACAAAGGAAAUGACUGGUGCAGUCUUUACAUGAGCUGCAGGACCCUUGUUAACAAUGAAAGGGAAAGACAUCACUGUUAAAUUACAUUGAGGAAAAGUUCUAAAGCAGAAUGUGUUUGAACAUUUGAUCCUAUUUCUGUAUUAAUAUUAUUAUUAUUACUAUUAUUAUUAUUAUUAUUACUACAUUAAGUGCAGGGGUCUGCAUUAGUGUUUUGGCUUGUACCCUUCUCUCUUCAUCCUUUGCAAGGUUCUUUUUCGUUCUCAAUGUACAUUUUCAAAUAGAAGUGACCAGUGACUGUGUCCUCAGUCUCAACUGCAGAUGGGCAUAGAUCUCUGAGCGAGCAUUUCUCUGUGUAUGCAGCUACCUGGGAAAUUAUGUUAAAUUCUCACCAAAAUCAAGCUUGUGGACUUGCAAUUGUAACCCUUACCCCCUGCCGAGGAACCUAUUAAGUUUGCAUUUGGAUAGUGCACUUUUAUAUAAACGAUGAUAGAUAUUCAAACAUAUUUUUGUUACCAUAUGCAUCAUUGCAUUACGAUUGCGUUAUACUUGCAUAGUAAAAUCAGACGGCUCGGAAUAUUGAUUUAGAACUAGGCGAGGAACCAUCAUGACUAACUAGCUGGGGGUCUGAAUGAACUGACCAGAGGAAAAGAUGAGUCACUCAGAUGCAAUGAGGAAUGACAGAGGUAGCGUCAGGGAGUGUUUGUUUGAAAUGUACAGACAGAAAGCAAAAUGUGUCAAUGUUGGACAUUUUGUUUUCCAUUUACUAUGGCUGUGGUUUAGCGCCUAUUGUAACGGUUUUAUUUAAUAUUUAUGUGACCUUGCAAUGAGACAUUUUUAGGGUGUUCUAGCACUUUUUUAGAUUUAUCUUCAGAAAAAAAUAUGGCAUGCAUCUUUUAACAGGGAAUUUGCUUUAAGAUGUCGUUUUAGUUCACUUUGCUUUGAUGCACAAAUAGUUGUUAAGUGUGACAAAGAACUGUUGUUCUGUGUUUUAUUUAAAGUAAGGACUGAUUUGAUUUGCUUCUGUGAUUGGAGGAUUUAAAUAUGAAAUGGGCAUGCCCGAGUUAUGGUGGCCUAAUAACGACACUAAUAAGAAGAACUGUGAUUUCAAUUAAUUAUUAAAAACAUGACAAUGCUCAGAUACUGUAGUACUAAAUUAUCACACAAAACACGUUAGUCUAACCUAUCUUCAGGUUUACUGGGGGGUGAAAAUUGUUAUGAUGAAUUAUUUCUUGAAUAUGGCUUUGGAAAAAAUAAUCAUAAUAUAGGGAAUUAUGUGUGUAGAUUGUUAUCCACAAAAUAUUGUUUAGAGAAGAAAAAAAGGUUGUACAGUAUUUUCUUCUGUAAAAAGACUAUAUAUGAACAAAAUGCUCUUUGAUGAACAGCUUCCUUUAAAAAUAAAACAAUUAAAGGAGAAAUGAAUAAUAAAAAGUCAAACAUUGAAAUAACCCCACUAUAGUUUGCUUGUGUGUGUGUGACCUUUUUUUAAAAUAAAAUUUUUCUCCCCCCCUUAGAUUUCUAGAGGAAGUCAGUAAACAUUAUUAGGACCCUUGCCACACUGUAGCACUGAAGGCAGUAAGGGGAUUCCGUUUUUUACCUUGACAUUUUCAAAGCUAAUACAAAAAAAGAACACUGAUUUAGACCUACUAAUGGAUGUUUCUGGUUUAUUUAACACUUUGUUUUAUUCAUUUUUCUGUUUGUCAUUUUUCUGUGUGCUUGUAGUUUUUCCUUAAUUUGAUAUUUUUUUUGACAUUUUACUUUGCUGUGGGCAUACAUGCCUCUCUCACGGACUCAAAUGCAAGGCAGUGCAUCACUUUUUAUUUAUUUUAGUUUUUCUGACAACAUUUUGGGAAUAGCUAUUGGGCUGGAAGAUAUUGUGCACUUGAAUACAGUUUAUGUGUGUGCCUGUGUGUGUGUAAAAUAGCAGGAUUUGUAAAAAGUUGAAAAUAAAGAAACCAUAAUUAUUAUAACGA